AUAUAAAACUUUGAAAAGGAGGGCACCUCCCCACCCAGGUCAAGACUGGGCCGAUUUCAGGCAGUCCUUUCAGACUCUUUCUCUCCCAGACAAAAUUGGGAGCCCCUGCCCCCUUUUCCUCCUCUGCCCAAACCCAUCCACAGGCAGCUGUUGCAUGUCUGUUGGCCCUGUCGCUCUCCCGGGUUAGCGCUUUAUCUGUGCCAAUCCAAUAAGACCUCCAUCACUUCCUCUUCACCUCUUCCUGUUUUCCAAGACAUUUUCCUUUCGGAGCUUUGAAAGGCUGAGCAGGAGUGGCAGGAAGGAGCUGGUCCCCAUAAAAAUCCCAAAAGGCCCUUCGCCCUGCUAGUUUCUGCAGAUUUGGGUGCCACAACGGGGUGCGCAUUUCCUUUUUCAUCGUCCCUUUUUUGACCCCAUUGGCAAGGAGAACAAGACGGGCAGAACCGCACCUUGGAAACAUGUUAAAGGGGCCGAGUCGGACCCCUCAUCUUUUUCUCAUAGAAAAGCUCAGGACGAGCUGGCUGGUUCUUUGGGGUUUCUUGCGUCUGACCCCCCAGCCUGCCAUCUAAACUGUGGGUAGGGUGGUCCUAGUUCCUCUCUACCACUUCCCCCAUUUGGGCCUUCCCUGGAGCAGAAAGGUCAGGGUACGCCCUUGGCAUUGGGUAAAAUUCUGGGGAUUUGCCAUGGCUGGGGCCAUCGCCUCCCGCAUGAGUUUCAGCUCUCUGAAGAGGAAGCAGCCGAAAACCUUCACAGUUCGGAUUAUUACCAUGGAUGCCGAGAUGGAGUUCAACUGCGAGGUGAAAUGGAAAGGAAAAGACCUGUUUGAUCUGGUGUGUAGGACAUUGGGACUCCGUGAAACAUGGUUCUUCGGACUGCAGUACAUGAUUAAGGACACAAUAGCCUGGCUCAAAACAGACAAGAAGGUCCUGGACCACGAUGUCCCAAAGGAAGAGCCGGUUACUUUUCACUUCCUGGCCAAGUUUUACCCAGAGAAUGCAGAAGAAGAGCUUGUCCAGGAAAUCACUCAACACUUGUUCUUUCUACAGGUGAAGAAACAGAUCUUGGAUGAGAAGAUCUACUGUCCCCCAGAGGCAUCUGUCCUCCUAGCAUCCUAUGCAGUGCAAGCCAAGUACGGAGACUACGAUCCCAGUGUUCAUAAGCGUGGCUUCUUAGCUCAGGAGGAACUGCUCCCAAAACGGGUGAUAAAUCUCUACCAGAUGACUCCGGAAAUGUGGGAAGAAAGAAUCACAGCCUGGUAUGGUCAACAUCGAGGUAGAGCCAGGGACGAGGCAGAAAUGGAGUACUUGAAAAUAGCUCAAGAUCUAGAGAUGUACGGUGUGAAUUACUUUGCAAUUCGGAACAAGAAGGGGACUGAGCUGCUUCUAGGGGUCGAUGCUUUGGGCCUCCACAUAUACGAUCCAGAAAACAGGCUGACCCCCAAAAUCUCCUUUCCUUGGAACGAGAUUCGCAAUGUCUCUUACAGCGAUAAGGAGUUUACAAUAAAGCCUCUGGACAAAAAGAUCGACGUCUUCAAAUUCAACUCCUCCAAGCUGCGUGUGAAUAAACUGAUCCUUCAGCUGUGCAUUGGCAACCACGACCUGUUCAUGAGGAGGCGGAAGGCAGAUUCCCUUGAAGUCCAGCAGAUGAAAGCCCAGGCCAGGGAGGAAAAAGCCCGGAAACAGAUGGAGCGCCAGCGUUUAGCCCGCGAGAAGCAGAUGAGGGAAGAGGCCGAACGCACAAGGGAUGAGUUGGAGAGGAGACUUCUGCAGUUAAAAGAAGAGGCAACGAUGGCAAAUGAAGCUCUGAUGAGAUCGGAAGAAACUGCAGACUUGCUGGCUGAAAAGGCUCAGAUCACAGAAGAGGAAGCCAAACUCCUGGCUCAGAAGGCAGCAGAGGCGGAGCAGGAAAUGCAGCGGAUCAAGGCCACAGCGAUUCGGACCGAGGAGGAGAAGCGGUUGAUGGAGCAAAAGGUGUUGGAGGCUGAGAUGCUGGCACUGAAAAUGGCGGAGGAGUCUGAACGAAGGGCAAAGGAGGCUGACCAGCUCAAGCAGGAUCUGCAGGAAGCUCGUGACUCUGAGAGGAGAGCAAAGCAGAAGCUUUUGGAAAUUACCAGCAAGUCAUCCUACACACAGCCCAUGAAUGCAAGUACAACGGCUCUGUCCACUGAAUUGUCAACCUUUGGCAUUAUCAGCGAAAGCCUGUCCUUUGACUUCAAGGAUAACGACAUGAAGAGGUUGUCCAUGGAGAUAGAGAAGGAGAAGGUGGAAUAUAUGGAGAAGAGCAAGCAUCUGCAGGAGCAGCUGAAUGAGCUGAAGACCGAGAUCGAAGCUCUGAAGCUGAAGGAGAGAGAGACGGCCAUGGACAUUCUGCACAGCGAGAACCACGACCGGGGGAACAGCAAGCACAACACCAUUAAGAAGCCUCAAGCCCAGGGCAGAAGACCUAUCUGCAUCUGAGACUUCCAAGUAGCUUGUUCCAAGCUCACCUUGCAGAGCACCAAGUCCCGCGUGGCCUUCUUUGAAGAACUGUAGGACGCCCCGUUGCUCCUGGGACAGCUCUUGCCUAAGGGAACCUCCUUCGGAGGACUAGCCAUAACCGGAGAUCCAUCGCUUCUUCCCAGCUGGACUCCCUUUACGGAUGCAGUGAAUUGCUGGAGGAGUUUGCUGUGAAUCCUUGUAGUUCUUAAUAACCUCUGUGUAGCAGACAGUUAUGCUUCAGCUUUCUUCUUUUUCUUUCCAAGUGUUCGUAUUGGUUGUGACUUUGAUUAUGCCCCUACUGCCGGAGACUGGAUUUGAUACUGUUUCGUUCCUUCGCUCGGCCCUCCUCGCAGGAGCUAUGAAUGAGGCUUCCUCUUCAAGACGCAGAAACAGUUCCUUUCUCCCCCGGCUGGAUCUGACCCUCUUGGAAGCUCCCCUGGAAAGCAGCCGUCUGUUUCAUCAGCAAAAUUAAGGGCUUACAAGGUUCCCUAUGGAGCCUGAACUAAAUUCUUAAGUUUCGAUGGGCUUUCCCUCGAUUCUGGUGGACUUUGAAGGGGUUUACGUUGAAGCCAAGGAAGCCAGAUUCUCUUUGGGGUUCAUGCUCGGUGUGUAAAAGGCGUGUUUGAAGACCUGUUGUUCUAAUUGCAGGAUGUUGGUAAAGCAAGGAUUGAGGGAGUGGAAAUGGGGGAUAAUGUUAAACUGGGGUGGAAGGCGUUUAAAGGCCUAGAACAGUGUUUCUCAACCUUAGCAAUUGAAGAUGUCUGGACUUCAACUCCCAGAAUUCCCCAGCCAGCAUAGCACAGAGUUGAACUCCAGACAUCUUCAAGUUGCUAAGGUUGAGAAACACUGGCCUAGAAGGUGGAAGCUACACUGAACCUACCCCUACCCCUAGGAGCCCAGCCCCUGCCCUCUGGGAUUUUAAACAUUUUGAUAGCCCUGGCGUGUCUUUAUACAUUUUUUCUAUGCAACAUUGACGGUUGGAAAUCUGCUUUUUCAAAAGUAAACCGAGCACAAUACUGUAAUGGCUUCAUACUGCCUGGAAAAAAAAAAUUACAGAUCUAUAAUGUGGGACACACCAUUUUACCUGCAGGGGGAUCCCUGCUAGGAUCCAUUUCUGUUUUGCUUCUAGUCUUUUGAACUUUGGCCAUUUUUAAAUGUAAUGUUUGUACAGUACUUCUGUGAGACAUUAUCUCUUUUAUUAAAGUCUCUGCUCUUUUUCAA